UUGUUGAAAGUACGUGUGUAAAGAAGACGAAUUUGUGAAAAUUUUAACUACGCUGUUAAAAAAAAUUAAUUUUCUUGAUUCAAGGCUAAUAAAAUUAUUAAUUUUUAAUAUAACCUCUUUAUAAAGUGUAUUCAAAGUGUUUUCUAUCAAAUUAUACUGAAAAUUGUAAGAAAUUAAUCCAUUUAUCUUGAUACAAAUAAAAAAAUUUUCCCUUCGUUCGUUCAUUUCGUCGUCAUAUUCAUCAUCGCCUCUUAUGUUGUCGACAUUUGUGUGUUACUUAUUGAAGAUAAACAAAUACCAAGUGAAUUCAUAAAUAAAACUGUUUAAAAAUAGAGCAAAAUAUUAAAAAUAACUUUCUAAAGGGAAAAGGAAUGCAUACAUUCAGUGAGACGGGCGCCGGUGUGCCGGCUUUUUUGGCCAAACUUUGGCGUUUAGUUGAAGAUCCUGAAACUAAUAAUCUUAUUUGUUGGAGCAAGGAUGGACGCAGUUUUAUUAUUCAAAAUCAGGCCCAAUUUGCAAGAGAAUUAUUGCCUCUCAACUAUAAACACAAUAAUAUGGCCUCCUUUAUAAGGCAAUUAAAUAUGUAUGGAUUUCAUAAAAUAACUUCCAUUGAUAAUGGUGGUUUAAAAUUUGAUCGGGAUGAAAUGGAAUUUACUCAUCCUUGUUUCAAAAGAAAUUGUCCAUAUUUAUUGGAACAUAUUAAGCGCAAGAUUGCUUCAACCAAAUCGGUUGAUGAAAAGUCUGCCUUAAAGCCAGAAGCUGUAACAAAAGUUUUGCAAGAUGUCAAGGCAAUGCGUGGUCGACAAGAUUCAUUGGAUUCUCGUUUCUCAGUGAUGAAACAGGAAAAUGAGGCUUUAUGGCGUGAAAUUGCCUCUUUAAGGCAGAAACAUGCUAAACAGCAGCAGAUUGUAAAUAAACUUAUACAAUUCUUAAUAACGAUUGUGCAGCCACAGCGUAAUAUGACCAGUGUAAAACGGCACAUGCAGUUAAUGAUAAACGACAUACCGGAUAAGUCAAAACUACGCAAGAAUAGUGAGUCGGAAUCGGAUGGCGGACCGGUUAUUCAUGAGUUGGGCGAAGAAUUGCUUGAUGAAGUAGCUGAUGUUGAACCCGAAUUAAUGGUGCCGAAUAGCCCAUUUGCUCGAGUUGCUACUCCGGCAACUCCCUCUACAGAUCCCGACGUAGCCCAUUCACCACACAAUAUUGAACGACCCCAUUCAAGUGGUAGUAUGAUCUCUCAAAACUAUGAUUUUUCAAAUCAGAGUGCAGAAGAUACUGGCUAUUUAAGUCCAGCCGCUACAGCUGCAACUGCUGCUGCGAAUGACGGUCUUGUACAUACAAUCAAUAAUGAUGGCUCGAAAAUAUUUUAUCACAUUACUGAAGUGCCUGAUGCACAACCUCAAGAAGCAAACAUCAGUCCCGUUAGCUACAAUGAGGAUAACGUGCUGACGACACCGAUGGUGCGUGAAGAGAUGGCACGUAACCAAUUGUUAAAACAGAAAAAUCGCCAGAGACGCAUUAAAAAUGAAUACGAAGUGGAGAAUAACACUAAAGCGUCGGGGACUUCUGGUUCCAAAGUUCAGCGUCUUGCCAGCCAGUCGCAAGCAUCACCAAAACAUCAGCAACAGCAACAACAACAAUUAGCACAGCAGAUUCCUCAACCGAUACAAAUAAAAUCAGAACAAGAUGCUGCUUUAGAUCCCAUGCUUUUCUUGAAUAUCUACCCGGAAAAUCGUGGCCUAACUCCGGACCCAAAUUUAAUUUCACCCAAUUUUAGCGAAGAUUCGCGUCAGUCGAAUUCAAAUACCACGGGUAGUUUUUUGAUCAAUACCCCAACGUCAUCUGCAAACACAGCUUCAUCAGCAGAAAACGCCCUAUUGGCAGGCAAUAGUUCAGACUUGUACAACCCAAAUAGUUUUAUUACUAACGAUAUACCCGCUGAUAUAUUUGAAGACAAUUCCCUAAUAUCUGCUGGGGAGAAUAGUAACAUUGGUGGCAAUGACAAUUUCAAACAGGCUCUACAACAACAAUUUGGUCGUUCUACUGUCAACAGUGGCAAAUUCUCAACAUAUGGUUCGACCACUGGAAAUUGUAGCUCACAGCCUUCUACCUCGGCUGCCGCAGCUGCUGCAGCCAUUUCAUCCACAAAUAGUAGCCACAACAACAAUAAUAACGAGAGUAAUUCUCAAAAAUCUGCAGACUCAUCAAAGGAUGGAAAUGACAGUAACAUGGCUAUAACUAAAUACAAGAACAAUCAAGAUGUCAUGCGGUUGAGUACUGCGAAUGAAGUCAGCGGUCACUUAGACAUUGUUCAGGACGAACUGGAAGGUUUGAAGGAUUUACUGCGAAGUGAUGUUUACUCUUUGGAUCACAAUACUUUGCUUGGUAAUUCAAAUAUCAAUACAUUUGAGAACAAUAAUCAGCGUAUAUUUUUGCCGCCAGCUAUGGAAGAGGACAUUCUAAAUAAGCUUUUUAAUGAUUCGGAUAUUUUGGGUCCAUAUGGUUUACAUUUACCCAAUGAGGGCAAUGAUAAAAAAGGGUCAGAAUUGAUGACGUACCAACCUAUCUAUGAUUUAUCUGAUAUAAUAAAUGAUCAAAAUGAUUUAGAGGCUGAUGUCAAUAUGUCGCCGUCAUCUAUAUUACAAACACAACAACAACAACAACCUAAACAGGAAUGUGGUUCGGUACUGAAUACACCCUAUCAUGAAUAAAACAGCUUGUAAUUAAAUGUCAAUGUUAUCAAUGCCACUUAUUUAUAAGUAUAAAAAAAUAUUCUAACCAAUGUCUAACAAAGCAAAGCAUACAUAUAACUAAUAAGACGACGGAAAAUAUUCUGAAAUCACACAAUAGAAGGAAAAAUUUAAUGUUAAUUUUUUUUAUUAAUACAUUUUAAAAUAAUUUUAUUCAGACGAUAUAUAAUACUUAGGUUAAGAUAACUAAAUAGGUUAAACACAUAUUAACAGUACGUUUGUUCGUUAAAAAAUAUUUACGAAUUUAGCUGUAACUUUUUAUACAUAAUUUUUAAAUAUAAAUAGUUUAUAAGUUGGUGGAAAUUACAUAUAUGUAUGUUAAAAUGUG